CCAGAUGAAUUAACCAGCUUGCUUGUUGUGAUGCUUUAUGACCUACAAGACCGAAAGUUUCAAGCACGAGAGAUUUUUGAUGAAGAGGAACCUGUAGCAGAAGUUCGGAAAGUAGAGUGUUAUCUGUACAGUUUUAGGACCAAAUUGGCAGCUGCACUAGCAAGAUGUCGCAUUCAACAUGAUGCUCUUUCAAUUGAAUACAUUCUACCAGAAACCAUACGGAAGCAGGAACAAAGGGCUUCUGCUUUACCUUUAUGUGUUUGGGCAAACACAUUUAAAAUCAGCCUUCAAGAUGUUUUCAGAGAUUUGAAGAAGAAGGGAUUCACAAGAGUUGAAACUGUGUCAGACUUUGACCGUUACACGUACUGUAUGGACCAACAUUGCAAUGAUGUAUUGGUUUUUCCUUCCUCUCUUAAAGAAGAACUGCUUAAUUUAGAUCUUUUUGCAGAUUGCAAACUCGUACUGCAGGAUAAGUCUCGCAGCCUUGCUGUACACUCUGCGCAGGCACUGUUGAAUACAGGUGACGACAUUAUAGUGGCUCACGUAGGUUCCCAUCUGACCAUUGCCCAUAUGUCAGUGCUGACAAAUAACAGCCUGUCCAGAAUUUUUGUUUGUGGUGUGAAAUCUUCAGCAAAAGCAGCAGAACUGAGGAACUUGUUCAGUCACAUGGGAUGUCAAAAUAUUCAGUUGUUACAUGAAGACUUUACUGAGAUUGGACCAGCAGACCCAAAACUUCAAAAGGCAAAAGUUAUUUUGCUGUUACCACAGUGCUCUGGACUGGGUGUUGGCAAUCCAAUAGACUUUAUUUUAAAUGAACACGGAGAUGCAGGAUUGCUAAGAGACCUUUUCUGGGGAUCUGUAUCUGAGGAUAAACUCAGUAUUCUUGCUGAGAGGCAGCUUAAUGAGUUGAUUCAUGCAAUGAAAUUUAACAAAGUACAAGCUAUUGUUUACUGCACUUGUUCAGUUUACCCAGAAGAAAAUGAACUAGUAGUGAAAAAAGCACUGGAAUCUGGAGUGGAAGGAAAUAAAGUACAACCAUAUAGGCUUAUUCCUCCUGUUUUUUCUACUUCCUCCAAUUCAAAGGCUUCCACUGAAUUUUUUUUCAAAAUGGAGCCAUCAGAAAUUUCCAGUGGAUGUUUUCUAGCUAUUCUAGCAAGAGAGGAAGAUUCUUCUAAAAAUGUGUCUGUUAAAGACAUUUUGGCUUGUGCUGCAGCAAAAGGACUAUUAAACAGCAUUGUAGAAAAAUCAAAGGAAGAGGAGAAAAAACGACCAAAAGUAACACAGUGUAGAAGUAAUAUUACUGGUAGUGGUCUAGAGCCGAAGAUUGCGGAGUUCCUUCACCAUCAAACUGUAUCUAAUACUAAGGCUGAAGUUUUCCUGUCUAAAGCAGUCAGUAACAUACAAAAAAAGAAUGUGAACCAAACAAACAAGUGUGUUCAGCUGAAGAAAUCUAUCAACCCCAUUUUAGACACAGCUCUGCCUAGAGUGCUGAAGCACACAUCUCAUUUGUCACCUAUGGACAUGGAGUAUGAAAGACAGACACUUGCUAGAAAGACACGUGCAGAACGUAAGAGGGUUGUAUUGAAGCCCGUGGAAAUUGUCUUCCCGCCAGUGAUAACACCAUAUGGAAGUCCACGAGGAAACAAACCCAGGACAUCAACUCAUUGGUACUUUCAUGGCUGGACUGGAGCAAAGGGUUCGGGUGGUAGGAUAUUUCCACCACCUCUGCCUAGUGGUCAAACCAACUGUGCUUAGCCAUCCUCGGCCGUGGCUGUAAGAAUCUUCAAACUUUGCCCUACCUUUAUAGAAAAGGUAAAGAUUCCUGUAUAUAUUCAUCCAUAUACUUAG